UUUAUUAAAAAAAAAAAUAAUAAUAGAAUAAUGCAGCAUCUUAUUCUACAUAUAGUAUCUAGUUUUAUUAAAACUAGAUACUGUAUGUAAUAUAAGAUGCUGCAUUAUCUUAAUUUUAGGGGUCCAAUAGGUUUUGUGGCUCCGGAUACAUUUUAUUAGUGUAAUGGCUCUUAUGAUAGUGAAGGUUGCUGCCCCCUGGUGCUCGGUAUCAGGUAAAGGAAGAACAGAAAGUCUGUUCGGAGAAAUGUAGAGGCCAGCUCCAUGGAUGAUAGGUAGGCCAUUGAACUCUCUCUCGCGUGAUAAUUAACCUGACAACAGGAAUGUUGUGUCGUGGAACAUGACACUAUUAAUAGCAGUUGGGUGGAGAGGGGCAGACACCGCCCACACACAAGGAAGUGAGAGUUUGCCUCGGUGUUUGAUUACAAUAACACAAUAUGGUAAUUAUUAAUGUUAGCGUUUGAGAACACCAGCGAGACCAGUAACACCACUAAUUCAAGAUGGUUUAUAUAAUCAGUUUCUCUCUUGAUCUCAAACUGUAAACUUCAACAGUUAAGACAGGAAAAACAGGAUACCUUAUUAAUUGGAAAAUAUGUACACAAACUAAUGUAUACCAGACACACUAACUUUAACCUUGGAAGCCAAGUAAAAACUGUUUGUGAGUUGGAAAUGCAGAUGUGCUGAAUCCAAUGCAUAUUUUAUACUCGAAGUGCAGGCAUGAAAUAUGCAUAUGGUAAAUGCUCUCGGGGUCAGAGCAGCCCCUUGUGAUUGGUUGUUUGUGUCUGACACACGCGCAUGCGCACAGACGCACCACUGUCAUUUGCCCACACCUUUCCCCCUUGCCACCACCAGGUGGUGCUGCUGCGCAACGUUCUUUUUUUUCUGGCUCAAAGUUUUUAAUUUUGGGUUUCAUGCAGUCGCCGAGAGGAAUGAUGCUUCAUUUGAUCCUCGUCGUGGACUCUAUGAGAAGUCAGCUGUGUAGCAACAAGUUGGAAAAUCCGUCAAAGACUGAAAAAAACCAACGACUUUUCUGUUCUAUUAUCAGGGCAACUGGGAGCUGUUACAUUCAGUAGCAUGUUUUUUGUUCUUUAAACUUUUUUUAACAGAAGGACCUAUUCAACCUACGGUGCAAUUUUUCCAGCUCGGAUGGGAAACUCCUAACAUGCACAAUUAAACAUUUAACAUUUAAUUUGCGCGUUGUAGUUGUUGUUUAAAAAUCCAAAACGAUGCACUUUUCCCUCGUGGUGGUUGUGUUGUUUUGCGCGCAACACCACCCCACCGCAGCGGUCCCCAAACCCAGCAAGUGUUCCCCCCGUUGUGACGUCACCAAGUGCCCCAGUCCCAUCUGUCUCGGCGGCUACGUGCCGGACCACUGUAACUGCUGCCUGGUCUGCGUCCGGGCGGAGGGGGACGCCUGCGGCGCCAAAAACGACCCUCCCUGCGGACAGGGGCUGGAGUGUAAACUGCUCUCUAGUCCCGUGAAGCGGCCGGCCUCGAAGCGGACGUGCCAGUGUAAGACGACCCACAGGGUGUGUGGCAGUGAUGGGAAGACGUAUGGCAACGUGUGCAAGCUGAGAGCAGCCAGCCGUAAGGUGAUCCAGAAGGGACUGCCCGCUGUCACACGGAUCAACAAGGGACCCUGUCUUCCGUCGGACACAGGUCGCGUGGCCCUCCACCCCAACAGCGCCCGCUACCGCUUCAACUUCAUCGCCGACGUGGUGGAGAAGAUCGCGCCGGCCGUCGUCCACAUCGAGCUCUACCUGCGACACCCUCUGUACGGGCGUAACGUCCCUCUGUCCAGCGGCUCUGGGUUCGUGAUGACCCAGUCGGGGCUGAUCGUCACCAACGCCCACGUGGUCACGCCCGCUGCCACGGUAACCGGGCGGCCCCACGUGCGCGUGCGUCUGCACAGCGGGGAGGCCUACGAGGCGACCAUCAGGGACCUGGACAGGAAGUCUGACAUCGCCACCAUCAAGGUCACCGCAGAGAAGAAGCUCCCGGUCCUGUCUCUGGGCCGAUCGGCCGACGUCCGGCCCGGUGAGUUCGUGGUCGCCAUCGGCAGUCCCUUCGCCCUGCAGAACACCGUCACCACGGGGAUAGUGAGCACCACCCAGCGCGACGGCAAGGAGCUGGGCAUACGGGACUCGGACAUCGACUACAUCCAGACGGACGCCAUCAUAAACUACGGGAACUCUGGAGGACCGUUGGUGAACUUGGAUGGCGAGGUGAUAGGCAUCAACACUCUGAAAGUCACAGCAGGGAUCUCGUUCGCCAUUCCUGCCGACCGCAUCAAACGCUUCCUCACUGAGUCCCAGAACAAGAACAAAGAUCAGGCCAGACUCCACAGAGUGCUCUACCAACAAACACAGAAACCCCAAUCUGACACAGAAGCAAAGAGACGCAUCCUCGGAAUCCAAAUGCUCACUCUGACGGAAGCGCUCAAAGCGGAGCUGAAGUUCAGUAACCCGGACUUCCCUGACAUCAGUGGAGGGGUUCUGGUCCACCAGGUGGUCCCAGGCUCUCCUGCGGCCGCGAGCGGCAUCCAGAUCGGCGACGUCAUCGUCCAGCUGAACGGCCGGCCGCUGCUGACGGCCGACGGCCUGCACGCCGCGUUGCUAGGCGACAAGCCCCUCCUCCUGGAGGUGCGGCGGGAGAGGGACGAACUGCUGUUCAGCAUCCAGCCGCAGCUCAUCCUGCACUGACUGACCCCCCCUCUGUAAUGACAGGGUGGUCAGUGUGUUUACAGCCUGCUUCUGCAGGGCUUCAUCUGCGUCAUGAAUGUUGCGUUCAGCGUGUUGUCCGAGAGAGACUUUAUGUGUGCAGACAUUUAAGGUAAUGUGAACCAUUUUCUCUGCUUUUUAAUAAAAAAACAA